CCUGCGCGGCUCCGUUCGUCAGUCGUCAUUCGUCCUCGCACGCCGAAGGUGUAAACAAGGCACAGUGUCACUUUAUUUCAUCAGCAAAGUGAACGCCCUGUGGUUGAACAUGCAUGCCUUAGAAGGUUCGGUCAACGUGCCAGCGUUCCUCACCAAGCUGUGGCGGCUGGUAGAUGAUGAAAGCACAAAUGAUAUGAUCAGUUGGACCCAGGGUGGGAGGAGCUUUAUCAUCCAGAAUCAAGCCAAAUUUGCACAGGAUCUGUUGCCACAGUACUACAAGCACAAUAACAUGGCCAGUUUUGUGCGACAGCUGAACAUGUAUGGUUUCCACAAGGUGGUGUCUGCAGACUCUGGAGGUCUGCGACCAGAAAGAGAUGAAAUGGAAUUUGCCCAUCAACACUUUAUGCGAGGUCAAGAGUCACUUCUGGAAAAUAUUAAGAGGAAGCAACAACGCAGACUUGCAAGCGAUGGCGUCAUUUUUACCCAGAUACCUACCAGCCGGACUGUGAUGGUGGAAGAUAACAAGAAUGUAACCAAGCUGCUGAAUGAUGUAAGAGACAUGAAGCGUGACCAGGACUCUAUGAGCUCCAAGCUACUCAACCUGAAGCGAGAGAAUGAAGCUCUGUGGCGAGAGUAUGCUAGCAUGAGGCAGAAAUUUACAAAACAGCAGCAGAUCAUAGAGAAGCUCAUCCACUUCCUCAUAGCAAUGGUGAAGAGUCCAUCCAAAGGUCUUGUGCCCAAGAGAAAAUUUAGUCACCUGGCUUUGGAAGGAGGUGAAGAGAGUUCCUCGUCUUCCUCCAAAAUCAACACAUUACAACAGUUUUCCCAAGGAAAUCCCAUAGAUAUCCUGGGAGAAAAGGAAUCCGGCAUCAUUGGUGGAGCUCAGAUUCAGGAAGUGACGGAGGACUUGGACUCAGACCAAGACACAUGUGUUCUCUCAAUGGGAGAUGAAGAGGUGAGGAAUGCUGAGGCAUCUGCCAGUACUGGAAUCAAGCCAGGAACAAUUCUGGACAUGAAUGGGGAACCUUUGGAGUUCAUUGAAAUGCCCUUAUCAUCAGAUCAUAUAAAUGCCACUUCUGUUCAGAGCCCUGAUGGCACAAUACUCAUGGACAACUUGACCAACCCACUGCUAGAUGAUGCUCCACUCAGUCCUGAACUUUUAAAUACCGUAGACCCGAGUGCUGUAACCCAGUCUUUCAAGUAUCCAGUCAGCUGCACUGAUCCCAUCACUACAAGUGUGGUGUGCUCCUCUGGUGACAUGAGUGGAACUGGUGGGAGCAAUGCUCCAUGUUCUACAUCUUCAAUCAACACUCAAGUCCGUACUAUAACACAGAAAGGAACAAAAAAAUCCAUUUUAGGAGAGGAGAAGAGGCCAUCUGAAGAUUCUUCCAUGAGAAUUGCAGUUCCAGACAAGGCUGUUCAUAAACCAGAUUUUCAGACACAUGUAGAUGAUAUGCAGAGCACUAUUGACAACCUGCAAGACAUUCUCUCUCAUGGUAAUCUGAAUCUGGAUCCUUCAAUGCUCUAUUCGAUUUCAGGCUGUUUACCAGAGUUCUGGUGCUCAAAAGGAAAUGCUUCUGGAGACUUCUAUAGUAAUGAGUUGUCAGUUUACAACCCAACUCUUCUAGACCUAGCUGACAGUAUGGAAGAGGAAAAUGAGGGAGAUCCCCUUGCCUUCCUUAGUGACAGCCUAGCCUCUACCUCUACAACUCCAUCUUCAUCCUCCAUCUUCACGACCCCAACUUCUAUUGGCAACACCUUAGUGCCCACAAACAAGUCUACUCAGCCUCCACCACCAAAGCACCUCAAAGUGACCAUCAAGAAGGAGCCAAGUCUUGUAGACAACUCUUUGGAAACUCCUAUUGUGUCUCCCAUGCCUUCAACACCAUUUUCUAGAGGAAAGAGACAUGCCAAAUGAGCCUUUAUUACAUCUUGCAGGAAAUGAACAAUGAACCUAUUAUGAUUAUUAGGCAACCAGUGACAUUUCAGAUAUAAGAGGCAAGUUCUCUCUUUCAUUAGAUAUAUACAGUAAUAUAGCAAUAGCUACAGUAUAUUAUAUUCAUGAUACCCUGAUUAAUUUUGUACAGUACUUUUAAUAUCUACAAAUAUGAAUCAGAUAGACUUGUGAAAAAUGGUGAUAAUAGUUUUAUGUACUUUAGAAGCAAAUAUAUAUUUUGCAGUAAAAGAAUUAAUGUAUAUAUAUAUAUAUAUAUAUAUAUAUAUAUAUAUAUAUAUAUAUAUAUAUAUAUAUAUAUAUAUAUAUAUAUAUAUAUAUAUAUAUAUAUAUAUAUAUAUAUAUAUAUAUAUAUAUACACACAGUCGAGUUGCGUAUGGCGUGGUUAAUUGGUCCUGAGCAACAGCCGCACCAUAGGAAACCACGUCAUAGGAAUAACUAAACUUACGAAGAAAAUACUAUUUGGUUCUGGCCCUUGCCAUUUUUUGCCACCCGCACCUUUGGUUUUUUUUUUUUUUUUUUUUUUUUUUAGCCUGAGCACACUGGUAGGCAUUAUCUGCCUUUUGAUGUUGUUCAGUCUGACCCCACUCUCACCACCUUAUCCACUCGGCCACCGCCAACACCCACUUUUUCACUCAGUAUGUAUGGGGAAAAUACAACGUGGGUUUCCCAGUAGGCUUGCAAGCCAUUGUGCAGCACGUGUGUGGUAAGCGAGCCGACUCCUUGCCGUGCGGGGGCCUGGGGGUUAACGAGACGUGUACUCGUCAGGUUGGGACUGGGAACCUGCCGCGCCGCUGCCACAUUCCGCCUCAAUCCCGCCCAUCCAUUUACUUUCCCCGCCAACCCGAAAUCGACAAAAAUAUUAUUUGGCAUGCAUAUUAAUACAAUAAUUUCUCUCUCUCUCUCUCUCUCUCUCUCU